AUGACUGAACACAUUGACAUUAAUCAAAUUAACAGCAAUUUUCGUUAUCGUUUUGAUUAUUUAUCAAAAUUUCUUAAUUUUACUUCGAAUGAUAUAGCAAUGCUUAAUAAAUUUGCAAUUAUUAUUCUGUCACAUAUUCCAGUUAUUGUUGAUACUGUUUAUAGAAAAUUACUUUCAUUCGACAUAAUAAAACAAUAUUUUCUUAUACGUAAUGAUAGUUUUGAAGAUCCUUUAACAAAAAAAAUAUAUAUUUUAAAACGUAUAUUAACACAAAUAGAAUGGAAUGAUACAUUUCUUCAAAAUUUAUCACGAAUUGGAAAAAUACAUACAAAUAAAGCUGGUUCAUCAUCAAUUAAUGUUGAUUAUAUACAUAUAUGUGUAUUAUUUGGUUUUCUUGAACAUAUACUUAUAGAUAUUUUUUAUGGACAAUUGAAAAUCUUGAUAAUAAAAAUAAAUAUGGAGUAUUUAUAG